UCGGUGGUCACCCCGCGCGACGCUCGUCCUCGUCGCAAUCCUUUGUCCUCCAUCGCCGAGCCAUUGUCGUCUACGUCCACGUCUACGUCUACGACAUCUUCUCGACGACGAUCUUCCUCCACUUGGUCUAUUCCCGCGCAACAACAUCGCGAAACUUCCCGCGGCGUUUCGUUCUGCAAGGACAUCAGAGCUUCGGAAGUCACCUCGCGGAUCACCUCGGGGGUACUUCACUCCCCGUGCGAACUCGCGAACCCGUUUGGGGCAACACACCGGCUUACAGCCUAUCGGCGCGAUAAGGUGCGAUAAAAAGGGUGAACGAGGGGCGACGAAGCCGUAGAGGUCCUCCUCCGCUUUCGCGACGCUGACCAUCUCUUCUCAACGACCAUCUUCUUUGCGCUAGCCCGAAAAAAUGAUGAGCUCGACGCUGAUCGUGUCCAUCCUGGUGUCCAUGACGACCAUGGCGGUCCUGUCCGGUGAGACUUUCGCCGCGUUGCCCCCUCAGUGCAACUCGGGUUUCCUCGAAGAGCUCCCGCCCAGACUGCGUAAAAUCUGCAUCGCCAUCGCCAGAAUAUCGGAUCUGAAUGACUUCAUCGACGACAGAGAAUACCAGGAGAACCUACCGCGGUACGACAGAAACGUCAAGAGGCAAGACGUCGAUCAUGUUUUCUUGCGCUUCGGGAAACGACGUUAGAAACCAGGCACACAUCAUACAUUUUUCCCGCACUUCAUUCGCAAGCGAUAAACGAUUCGAGUUUACCCUUAAGUUCCCCUUCAUUCCCCUCAUUCGGUCGUCUCGUCGUCGAAAGAACUUGUAGUGCGAAAAUGUAAAAAAAAAGGAGGAAAAUAAGAGGCAGAAGGAGCAAGAAUAAACCCACGAUUACCCGCUGAAAGAUGAUCGACUCUAAUCUCAUUAACGUGAUUAAUGAUCUAUUAAUUUUCGUUCUCGCUGUAUCUAAACAGGGAGAAUCGAAUUGGUCCUUUCGAGCGCCCUGAAUCGUCCCCACGUGAAAGUAAGUAAAUAUAUCUUGUUAAAUAUGGUUUUUAAGCGUGUUAGCGCAAUUAGUUUGCCCCCUUUGUCCGACAAAAGCGAGAAGUUUAAAGGGAUUUUAAUUAGCAAUUAACUAAGUUAUGUUAUAUUGCAGCAUCUACUACGAACGUUCCAUUCGUGUAACAAAAAUUUCAUGUUACGAGAUAAUUUUAUUACAAGAUAAUUUUAAUAAUAUAAAUAAUCUUUCUCCGAACACUUUAGCACUAAUAUCCCGACGUACUAAAGCACUAGCAACAUAAUCGUGUAACUCUCAUAAAAAAAGUAAUUAGAUAUAUAGUUAAGAAAAUUAAAAAAAAAAACAAAUUCCGCGACAUUUUCCAUCCUUUUCGUUUUUGGUCUUAAACGACAAGUGUCAACUAUCAAAUAUUAAAUGCUCCUUGAAAGUUGAAUCUUGUAUCACUUAAUUCUAUGUAUUGUCCUCACCACUAAAUGAAGAAAAGUGUCUCGCAAUGAUGUACAACGUUCCGAUUCUACUCCGCAUCACACCGUGAAUGUGCACCGAAUUUACUCGUCUAUUAAUUGAUCAAUUAAUUAAUUAUUAAUAUAUUACUUUAACUAGAUUAUAGGACAGAUUUACAUCGCCAUUUUACGAAUGUAAGAACGUAGGAACGUUGCACCGUAUCGAUUUUCACGCCGACUACUAUUUCCAAUUAAUAACUCUCAUCUUCGUGUCGCUUGCGAAAUAAUGAUCCUCCAUGUGAAAGUAUAAAAGAGUGCUGUGCAAGACAUUUAUUUUAUAAACCUACGCGCGCCAUUUGUUUUGUAAACCAAAACAUUCUGCGUCUCGUAACGCGAUUAAGGACACGGGCAAUUAGUCUGAGCUAACAAGAUUCAAUUUAAUUAAAUGUAAAUUUUAUUUUAUUUAAAUUAAUUUCUAUAAUAUGUAUUAGAAAUAUCUCAAGUUUAGAUACUAUACAUUAAUUCCAUUCAUCCAAGUAAGGUUUUUGAUUAUAUUUCGAUCUAUCUUAGAAUUGAAGAGGGGAGGAUUCGUUACUUUGCAAAGAUUCAAAUAAAUUUUUUCUUAACACAAAAUUAUCAUCGACGUAAACAAAAAGGAAGUCUAACUUGAAAGCUCUGAGAGGGGUCCCGUAGUGUGGAGGAUGAUGCUGGAUAAUACUGACAUACUCGCAACUUAUCGAAUUUCGUGGAAUGUAUUAUCCCUGUCAACGUUAAGUAUAAAAAUUCUGUUAAAAUAAGUUAUUCUUGAACCACUAACAAUUAAUUCUUCCUCAACAGAAAAACAUCAAGAUGAACUUUUUGAAUUUUGUCCCACUUAGAUCUCGUUGAAUAUAUUAUCAGCGUCAGGAGAUCAAAAGUUUUUAUCAAAAUAAAUUAUUCUUGAGUGAUUGAGUUCUGUAAGUGACGGGAAUGGAUUCUUAUUGGUAACUUGAUAUAAAUCAAUUCUGGGUUUGAUAGAGAGACAUUGUUUUCCUGUCGGUACCCCCUGGGAUAGCUUAUACAUUCAUUAAAGAGAAGGAAAGUGAAAAAUUAAUGAACAGCUGUUUGAAUAAAUAAAAAUCUCUGAAAUUAAUACUAGAAAAACGACCGGUGCCAUUUUGGCUGCACCAAUAACUUCAUUCUUUUUAAUUUCUUUUCGUAUUACACAGAACAGACUAGUUUAAAAAUGAGUAUAAUGUAAAUAACUCUAAUAUGAUACAAAUAAUAUUAUAAAUAUAAUAUUAUAAAUAUAAUAUAUAAUAAUAAUAUAAAAAAUAAUUUAAAAAUUUUUAAUUAAAAUUAUUAGGGAAGCCAAAAUGGCACGGUAGUGUUUCAGUGUUAAAUACUACUACUACUAAAUAAAAAUUAACGAAUGCUUUUCAUCGUCUGUCCUGGAAUAUUCAAAUUCAGCUUUCGUAGCCAAUUGAUCGCGAUUGGUCGCAAGUCUGUUUGAAUUAUUUCCCAAUUGUCUCAUCACGUAGAUACGCGCCAGACUAUAGUCCCUGUCCUAGGAGAUCGCAUUACCUCCAACGUCUUUACGUCUUAUGUUGUUGAAAUACCUUCACAACUCGUUAUUGAUGUGUUAUCAUUCACGAACGGUCCUGUAAGAUACGGCGCGUGUUAAAACGCGCGUACAUUGCGAGGUAAUAAUAUAUUUAUUAUAUAUAACAAAUAAAUACAUAUAUACGCAUAUA